GAGCACGUGAGGCGAUGUGAUAAGAUAGUCUACAAUGAGAGAGGUUCGGACACCAACUCGCAACAUUAGGAGGCUGUGAUUUUGCCUCGCAACAAUUCAACAACUUUUAUCUCUACGCACUACUUACCAGCCGAUAUCCUCGUCUACGAGCCGCUGCGACGGUAACGAUGUGACGCGACGCCGGCACAUCCACGACCACUUCGAUGCGACCAUCGUAAAUCCAUACCUAUCUGCCUACAUAUAGGUACCUAUCGCGGGUGCCCCCACCAGUACCAACUGCCCGCCGAGAAAGCUGUAGCCGAUCUCGCCCUCGCGGCCGCCGGCUCCGGGCGCGCCUCCAUCGCCUGCCCGUCAUGUUACGACUUUUGCGGUCGCGACCGAAUCUCUUCUCCCUCGCCUCUAGGGUCCACGCCGCCCGUGGCGUUGCCGAGUCUGCUGGUCCUCAGCCUCACUUUAUCCAAGUGCACAGAGUUAACAUCCGCCGCAAGUGGUUUCGACCAAGGAACAUCAUCAUCGCCGGCUGCAUUUACUAUGUCUGCUACCGGGUCUACAAAGCCUCCGUCCUCGGCACCCUCGGCGCCUGGGUGGACGAGCAAGAGAAGGAAUUGACGACGUCGGAGCGGGAGGAGCUGGAGGAGGAAUUACUCGAGCCCCUGUUCAUCCCCUUGCCCUUUACUACCAAGGCUGUCCCGUCCCCGCCCUACCGAUACUCAGACCCGGAGUGGAAGACCUUUGUCCGCGUGAGCAAGAACAAGGAUCAGAUGAGGGCCAUCCAGGGCAGCCUGGCUGAGAUCGUGAGGAAAAUGGCAGUGGCCACGCCCGAACUCACGCAAAGAUGCGGCCGAGACAUGAAACUAGGAAGGUAUUGGUUAGACAUCCAAUACCCGCCACGGCCGCCACCCACGUUCGUUCGAAAAGGUAUAUGCAUAGACAGCGAUAGUAUCUAUGUCGGCGAACAGCCGGUGGACUCACUGGUCGUGUUCCGGACGCAGCGAGCCCUCUGGCCGUCCGCCCUCACCGUAUCCCUGUGGAGCUUCUCGGAAGCGCUGAUGAAGCAGAACGCGCUCUACAUCGCGAAGCUGUUUGGGCUCGAGCCGACACCGAGCCCGCCGCUGCAACAGGCUGUCGACCGCAUCCAGCAGAAGUGGAAGAAGCCGAGCACGUCGUUCCCGUCGGCUAGCACACAGACGGCGACGGAUGACGGCGACGGCGGCGGCGGUGGUUCGACGACGGACGCGGAGCCGCCGGCCGAGAAGCAGCCCCCUGCACCCGACGCCGGGGCCGGCGGCGCGCUCCCCCUGCCGCCCGGCGCCGAGCCGGGCAAGCCUAAGGGCGUGCGCGACAUCUACAUCAUCCGGCACACACAAGAACACACGAGCGGGGCGUGGCAGGCGUUUAAACAGACGUUCGCGCAGACGUGGCGACCGAUCCGCGACCUACCGCCGCGCGGCUCUAUCUACGUCAGCGGGCUCGUCGAGGUCACGACGUCGCGCUGCUUCCUAACCAUCGAUGCGGCCGCCUUCUGGGACCCCAAGACUGAGAACUUCGACAUGAAGACGGCCACUUUCCGCCUGCGGACCCUACGCCUGCGGACGCAGACCGCGGCCCGGUGAGAGAGGGGGGGAAAGGGGGAAGAGGUCAUGCUACGAGGCUAACGGCGGGUAAUGACUAUCUCUCUAUUCGGACGGACGCGCGGGUGGGCGGGCCUAAGCACAGCCACACCGGCGUUCAGGAGAGGGAGAAAGAGGAAUGGACUUCCCCCGGGUUGGGGGUGGGUCAACAUGUACAUCAUCCGGACAGCAGAAAGCGACGUGCAUCAUCGCUUGCAUACACAGUGGCGUUCACUUGGCUGCUUCAUUUCCCCGUAUAAACAUGGACUUGGAGCGGGUGAGCUUUAGGGGAGGGAGAUGGGAAAAUUG